GACUAUUGUACCACGAUCUAUCACGUGAGUUAGUGAAUACAUCCCAUCGAAGAAAGCAGAAAUCCAGAAAAUGACAAUGUCGUUCGUGGGGCUAAUUUUGUUGUUGAUUGCUGUUGAAAUUCCUGGAAGCUUUCAACAUGAUCGAAGUCAUUCUAAGUUUCGAAGACCCGAAGUGUCACAAACGGCGGGUACGCCUUGGCCUAUGCCACUGUCUUAUCACACUCAAGGAACUUUCAGUUACGUAGAUGCUGAAGAAUUUAAGUUCCGUAAUGUUGACGAAAGCUCAUCAUGUUCAAUACUCCAGGAAGCGUAUAUCCGUUAUUUUCCUUUGAUAUUUGGUCGAAGACCAGAAACAUUAUUUUUUAAAUCUAGCUUCAAGGCGCCAACAGAUGCCAUGACAGAGUUAAUGGUAAAACUUGAAAAACCAUGUAUGGAUAAUGAUUAUCCAAUGUUGGAAUCAGAUGAAUCCUAUAUAUUAAAUGUUAACGGUAAUCAAGCUAUGUUAUCAGCUUCUGAAAUAUGGGGAGUUUUACGAGGUUUAGAAACAUUCAGUCAAAUUGUUUAUCAGAGUAAUGAUGGAGGGUUUGUCGUAAAUAGUACACAGAUUAUUGAUAAACCACGUUUUAACCAUAGAGGAAUGUUAUUAGAUACAUCCAGACAUUUUAUAUCGGUUCCUAUUCUUAUGACUAAUUUGGAUGCGUUAGCUCAGAAUAAAUUCAACGUUUUUCAUUGGCAUAUUGUUGAUGAUCAAUCAUUUCCAUUUGAAAGUUCUACAUUCCCUGAUCUAAGUCAACAGGGUGCCUAUGAUCCAGAAACUCAUGUUUACACUCAAACUGAUAUUAAAAAUAUUAUAGAAUAUGCUAGAAUGAGAGGUAUUCGAGUUGUUCCUGAAUUUGAUUCACCUGGACAUACAUCUUCAUGGGGUUAUGGUCAACCAGAUUUACUGACCAAAUGUUACACAGGAAAUAAACCUAAUGGUCAGUUUGGUCCAGUUAAUCCAGUCCCCAAUUCUACAUACGUUUUUCUGAAUUCAUUCUUUACAGAAAUCGGUCAGUUAUUUCCUGAUCAUUAUAUGCAUUUAGGUGGUGAUGAAGUCAGUUUUGCUUGCUGGCAGACCAACCCAGAAAUAACAAGUUUUAUGAAGAAGAUGGGAUAUACAUCAUAUUCACAAGUUGAAGAAUAUUAUAUGCAGAACUUGCUUGAUAUUGUUGGUGGGCUUGGUAAAGGUUACCAAAUUUGGCAAGAAGUCAUUGAUAAUGGAGCUAAGGUACGAGCAGACACUGUUGUAGAAGUAUGGAAAGCUGGAUGGCAAGCUGAGAUGGAAAAAGUGACUAAAUUAGGAUAUAAAACUCUAUUAUCAACUUGUUGGUAUUUGAAUUAUAUAUCCUAUGGAUCAGAUUGGAUGGCAUACUAUGCUUGUGAACCAUUUAACUUUAACGGAACUGAUGCCCAGAAACAACUUAUUCAAGGAGGUGAAACAUGUAUGUGGGGUGAAUAUGUUGAUGGUACUAAUGUUAUUUCUAGAUUAUGGCCGAGAGCAUCUGCAGUAGGAGAGAGACUAUGGAGUGCCAAAGAGAUCAAUAGUGGAGCUUUAGCUCAACCACGUUUAGCUGAACAUCGAUGUAGAAUGGUCAGACGCGGUUUUCAAGCUGAACCAAUCACAGGACCAGGAUUCUGUAGAGAAGAGUUCGGUGGUGUAUAAAUCAUACAAGGUUCAGUUCGGGUUACGAAGAAACCUGACUAAAUUAUAUGACAUAUCAACUAUUUUUAUAAUGAACUUUAGUAAAAAUAUGUAUAUGUUAGUCUAUUCAUGAUAACCAAAUAUAUAUUUGUAUAACUGUGUAUACAUGUAUGUAUUUAAUGGUUGUUGAUAUUUCAUCAAUGGAAUAAAUAUUUUUAAAUUUUAUUUCAUAUAUUAUUGACAAAAUAAUCCUAGAUGAACCUAAAUAUAAGAAUUAUGUUUAUUUUUUAUACUAAUUCAUGUAGAAGUGCAAGUAAUGAUUAUGCUAUAUUCAAAUCAAAUCCAUUUUGAGAUUAUAUUCAACACUUAUAAUUAGAGACUGUGCUAUACAGGGCUAUCAGGACAAAGGGUUAAUGUGAUGAUACUCAGCUUACACACAACAUUCCACUGGUAUACCUACUUAUUAGGCUUUGACUUAACUCUCCUCUUUAAGUGUGUUUGAAAAGUCAUUAGUUUGUUUUCUAUUGUGUGGUUUUUUUUUCAUUUUUUGAAUUAUCGAUAAAUAUGAUUGUAGAUAUUUUAAUAAUAAAUUUUAUUUAUAUAAAAAUCUA